CUGUAGUGGUGGUAGAUAGAGGUCAUGAGAUAUCAGAGGUCACGAGGUGUCAAAGGCACGUUGGUAGAUAGAGGUCAUGAGAUAGAGGCAUGUGGGCAAUCAGAGGGCGAUGAGCUCGGCCGAAUUCGAGCUCGUCCCCUUUGCUCCCGCUCCACAGUAGCUCCGUAUGCACACAAAUCCCUCAUGAGAAGCACCUGCGAUGCAUCGGAAUGUCUACCCGGAGGACCAACCUCGGGGCCUUGCAGGAUAGCCGAAGCAAAGACUCGAGAUCCGAAAUACCCCUCAACUCUCUGCAACUACAUUGGCGCCGUCUGUGGGAAACUCGAGCUAAAAGCCUUACUAGCGGCUGUUACAAUAGUUAACACGCGCUCAACGCAACACGGAAGCCCUCAACAGGGGCGUGGAAGAGCUAGAGACAACCCAAGUGACCCCUUCAUCACCCUACUAAAUCCCACCAACCAAGCACCUAACCACCAGCCUCGAAAAAAUGUCAGUUCACCAGCUCGGACUGCCAUCCCACCUCACAACGAAUCCCAAGCCCAUUCCCAUAUGGCACCUCAACCUCAACAACCAUCCCGACCGGUUGUCUUAGAUCUUCCCAACAGACCACACUUAGAACAAAUGGUACUCGAGAACCAAAGUCCCCAAACCUCAACUCAGCCAAGUUCUGCCCCAAUCCCUACCCCCCUUAACACCAACAUCAUCCAAGAACCAUACCCAUCUGGGUUUAAAAUGCCUCAGUUCGAGACAUAUGAUGGCACUAAGGACCCUGAUGAUCACUUGCACGCAUUUUGCUCCUCUGCAACCGAACUCGAUCAGUUCCUAUGCCUAGCUGCCAGCGUUCUUUGCAACGAAGUUCUCAAGUCAUCGGCUGAUCAAAAAAAUGACCUCCGAGCUUAUGCUGUGGGGUUAGCUGCACUAAUCCAAGGUCUCAAGCACGAGAGGUUUCGAGAUAGCCUGAUAAAGCAUGCCCCUACCACGUUUGAUGAAGCCAAUGAACGAUCUUGGAAGUUUAUUCAAGUCAAGGAAUAUGCCUUGUCCGGCAAGCCAACUCCAAGUAAAGAGGUCAGACCUCCGACGUGGAGAGAUGAAGGGCAGAACAAGAAGAGAUUUAGAACUGCACAAAACCGAGGUCCAUUCCCAACUAAAGUGGACAUACCCCCAGUGCCUACCCCACAACCUAUGGCGAAGCAAAUCACUUGGACUCCAUUUACCCUGCCGAGGGAUCAGAGCAGAUAUUGUGACUUCCACCAAGACCACGAGCAUAGCACGGAGGAAUGUAACAGUUUGAAGUCCGAGCUCGAGGGUUUAGCUUGGAAAGGGAUGCUGAAUGACAACCAAAUUGGAGUUGGCUAUCAACAAGCACCACCUCCACUCCCUCCGCCCUCACGCAUCAUUCACAUGAUAACAGGAGGGCUGGAAGCUGGAGGGACGAGCUCAAAGCAGCAGAAGUUAUAUGUGCGAGAGGUGAAGCACCAAAAUCGGGCUCAAAAGAGAAAAUUUGAUGAGACAGACUGGAAGAACCAACCCAUAACCUUUAGUUCAGCUGAUUUUGAUGGUGUUGUCACACCACACUAUGAUCCACUUGUAACCUCAGUCAUCGUCAAUAAUUGCGAAGUUCAGCGCGUCCUUGUAGACACAGGAAGUGCUCCGGACAUCAUGUACUAUCACUGCUUCAAAAGCCUUGGCCUCAACCCUACCCUCCUACAGAAGUAUGAGGGCCCCAUCUACGGAUUCAAUAAUCAACCAGUGCCUGUGGAAGGAAUUCUCAAACUUAAUGUAGCAUUUGGCUCAGGUCGGAUAUAUGUAACUCCCUCAAUUCGGUUCUUGGUAGUGAAGAUGGCGUCAUCCUUUAACAUCGCCAUCGGGAGGCCAACUUUGACUGAGAUUCGAGCCGUUGUCUCACAAUCCCACCUCUGCAUGAAAUUCCCCACCCCCAUGGGAGUGGCGACUUUGAGAGGAAAUCAAGAGGUAGCCAAGUACUGCUACAUGACUUCGGUCUCCCGACCUUGGAGGGAUAAGCAAGUAGCAAACCCAGAACCAACUCAGCCUGAAGUCCCAGCUACACAGCAGGUAAUGGGUGUAGAACUGCAGGAUAACAGACCUGAAGCUGAUAUGCCGGGUAUACCCACCUCGGUCACCGUACACAAAUUAAGCACUCAUCCUUUGAAGAAACCCGUAGCACAGAAAAGACGCCUGUUUGGCGGAGAAAGGCUGGAAACAAUCAGCCUUUUGGAUGCUUACUCGGGAUAUCACCAAGUCCACAUGGCACCCGAAGACAAGGUAAAGACCUCCUUCUACGCAGGUGACGAGAUCUACUAUUAUGUAAUGAUGCCGUUUGGGUUCAAGAACACCGGAGCUACAUAUCAGAAGAUGGUGACAAUUGUGUUCCAAGCUCAGAUAGGCAAGAAUCUAGAAGUCGACGUUGAUGACAUAGUGGUUAAAGGUCUCAAGGUAGAGGAUCACCUAGCCGACCUAGCAGAAACAUUUAACAACCUAAGAAAACACCGCAUGAGAUUGAAUCCAGCCAAGUGUGUCUUUGGUGUUGAAUCAGGCAAAUUUUUGGGAUUCAUGGUCUUUAGGAGGGGGAUAAAAGUCAAUCCUGAGAAGAUCAAGGCAAUAAAAGAGAUGAAGCCACCAAAGUCAAUUAAAGAUGUGCAGCGCUUAGCUGGAAGAGUAGGAGCUCUGCACAGGUUCAUAUCUAAGUCUGCAGAAAAAUGUCUGCCUUUCUUCAGAGUCCUGAGAUCCGUGGCCCAAAAAGAUGAAGCAAGGAAACCUAAGAAGUUUGAAUGGACCUCAGAGUGUCAAACCGCCUUCGAUGAACUCAAACCAUACCUCGGCUCACCACCUCUUUUAACUAAGGCCGAAAAAGGUGAAAUCCUUUAUCUUUACCUCAGGAUAUUUGAUGCAGCAAUAAGCUUAGUCUUAGUCAGAGAAGCAAGAAAACAGCAGAAGCCAGUAUACUAUGCCAGCAAGGUGCUACAAGGAGCUGAGCUGAGGCACUCCAUUGCAGAAAAGGCAGCUCUAGCAGUAGUCACCACGACAAGGAAGUUGAGAUCCUACUUUCAAGCUCACCCCAUUGUUACCCUCUAUGUGGAUGGGUCAUCAAGCACUAGAGGGUCGGGUGCUGGAGUGGUGUUGAUGGGGCCAGGGAACUUUCGAAGUGAGCAUGCCCUGAAAUUCAAUUUUGAAGCAACAAACAAUAUGACCGAGUAUGAUGCACUUUCCCUCGGGCUUCGCUUAGCAACAGAGCUAAAGGUCAGAUCCCUGCAGGUUUACAGUGACUCACAACUCAUAGUCAACAAAGUAAACUCUACAUGCGAAGUCACAGACCCUACCCUAGCAAAAUACCUAGCCGUGGUUUCCAAGCUCAAAAGCCAAUUUAAAAGAUUUGAGCUCACAAAAAUCUCGAGGUCAGAAAAUGAACAUGCUGACUCACUGUCAAAAUUAGCCUCUGACAGCUCAAGGGGACUGAAGUCAGUCUUUGUCGAAGUCUUAGAUGAACCAAGUUUCCAGAGGUCAAAGGUGAUGGAGGUCAGUACCGAUCCUGAAACCCCCAGUUGGAUCGAUCCCAUUAAAGCUUAUCUCCGGGAUGGGAUUGUCCCAACUAACAAACAAGAAGAGAUGAAGUUGCAAAGAAAGGCAUCUCGGUACACCUUAGUGGAUGGCGUCCUCUAUAAGAGGUCAUACUCGCUUCCUCUCCUUCACUGUUUAACCCCUUAUAAGGCCGAGUACGCUCUUCGCGAGGUGCAUGAGGGUGUAUGUGGGAAUCAUGUCGGAGCUCGGACCCUGGCCCACAAGAAUUGCCAAUUCUUUGCACAUCUCACCCACCAACCAAUGGAAGAACUCACUACUUUAGUGGCACCAUGGCCUUUUGCACAGUGGGGGAUCGACCUCCUAGGUCCUUUUAUCAAGGGUACAAGAGGGGUAACACACCUAGUCGUGGCAAUUGAUUACUUCACAAAGUGGGUGAAAGCUCGACCUCUUUCUAGCUUGACCUCGAGAAAGAUUAAAGACUUUGUUUUCAGUUUGGUUAUAUGCAGAUACAGAAUUCCAAAUCAAGUUGUUGCCGACAACGGACCUCAGUUCAACUGUAUCUCGUUCAAAGACUUCUGUUCCAACUAUGGGAUUAAGUUGGUAUUCAUUUCUAUUUAUCAUCUUGAGGCAAACAGAAUGGUUGAGUCUGUCAAUAAGGCCAUCUUGGAAGGGAUUAAACCGAGGCUAGAUCAGGUCAAAGCCAAGUGGGCAGACGAGCUCAACGAUGUUCUAUGGGCUUACCGAACUACGAGCCGAACAGUCACAGGCAAAACGCCCUACCACUUGGCUUUUGGGAUCGAGGCAGUCAUCCUUGUCGAAAUGGGCGUCCCAAGCCUAAGAGUGACCCAUUUCGACACAACUCGAAAUGAGCAGUUACUCAGAGAAAACCUCAAUUUCUUAGACGAAGUCCGCGAGGAAGCUCGACUUCAGACAUUAGCAUACAAACAGAAGCUAGCCAACUCAUACAAUAGACGAGUUCGACCUCACACCUUUAGAGUUGGUGACCUUGUCCUCAGAAAGGUAGGACUCACCAACUUCGAAACUCGUUUCGGCAAGCUGGCGCCACACUGGGAAGGCCCAUAUGUAAUAGCCGAAAUACCACACCCCGACGCUUAUAUACUUCUAGACGAUGAAGGUAAAAGAAUUCCUAGGGUUUGGAAUGUAAAUAACUUAAGGAAGUUUUAUCCUUAAUAAAGCUUCAUCUUAUUCAAAUUCUUACGUUCCGAGCUCCAAAUCACAAAUCCACCUCUACCUCAUCUUUAAUGCAGUUAUAUUUAUGAUCUCUUACCCUUAGAGGUCAAAAAGUUAGUAUUUUUGGCCUGCUGUAUUAGUUGCUAGUUCGCUACAAUUUCAA